AUGAAGUCGAUUUUUGCCGCCACUUGUCUGUUGGGCCUCGUCGUCUUUACAGCAAAUUCACAUGCUCUGCCCGAGCGAAAGUCAAGUGUUGAGGUAGCGUUUGAGAGCGCGGCUCAAGAGGCUAUUUACUUGAGUGAGAUCCUUAACGACGUGGGAGACGCGCUAGCUGAGGACGAAGAGCUGAAGGCUGCGAGUGAGGAGUACUUCAUCCGUGAUCUUUGGGCCAAAGCGAAGGAAGCCCUGAAAAACGCAACACAGAAGGCAGCGUCAUCCGUAAAAGGAGCUUACGAUGAAGCUAAGGGUCACAUCCAAAAAGCUGCAACGGAAGCACAGCGAAGACUGAAAGAAAAGGCAGCCGAGAUCAUGUCCAAGAUAUUGACCAAGAUUACGAGCCAGUAUGCCGUUGAGGACUCUAUUAGUCCCACGGACGUUAUGCAGAUCGUGCUCGAUCUCAUCAAGGCAGCAGCCCAGCGUUUGUUUAAUGUCGGCAAAGCUUUGGAACACAUUGAGCACUGACGCAAACAAAGCAGCAGCAAAUUUUGUCUCAUGUAAAAAAAAUUGCGACUUAGCCUCUCGGCUUUGCCCUCGGACCGUAGUUUCUCUGGACUAUAAUAAAGUUCUUGC